AUGGAUGAUGAUGACGCCGAUUACAUGCAAGGAAGCGAUGAUGAGGACUACGGCUUCGACUACUCCGAUGAGGAAGACGGCAAUGAUGCAGGAAGUGCGGAUGUAGAGAAUAUGUACUACACUGCUAAGUCGAAGAAGGAAGACAACCCCGAACAAGCUCUGAAAGAAUUCCGAGUGAUUGUUGAUCAAGAGCAGGAGAAGGGUGACUGGGGUUUCAAAGCUCUGAAACAAUCGACGAAGCUACUGUUCCUCACUCUCCGCAGACCAAACGAUGCGCUGCAGACGUACACUCAACUACUAACGUACACGAAAUCUGCAGUGACUCGUAACUACUCCGAGAAGACAAUCAAUGGCAUAUUGGAUUACGUUGGUGGUGGAAAGGGUGGUCCGGUCGAGGUCGACGUGCUGGAGAAGUUCUACCAGGCGACUAAAGCAGCGCUUAUCGAAGCGAAGAAUGAACGGCUAUCCGUGAAGACCAACCUGAAGUUGGCGAAGCUAUGGCUUGAGCGUAAGGAGUAUGGGCGAUUGUCGAAGCUGAUUCGCGACUUGCAUACCACCACAGCCGGUGUUGACGGCGAAGAUCUAGCCCAGAAAGGAACGCAGUUACUGGAGAUCUACGCUCUCGAAAUUCAGAUGCACAACGAGAUGAAAAACUUCAAGAAGUUGAAGGAGAUCUAUAAUGCCUCGAACUCCGUACGUUCCGCAAUUCCUCACCCACGAAUUAUGGGUGUAAUCAAGGAAUGCGGCGGUAAGAUGUGGAUGGGAGAGCGACAAUGGAAUCGAGCGAGCGAGGACUUCUUCGAGUCGUUCCGGAACUACGACGAGGCGGGGUCACCUCAGCGGAUUCAGGUUUUGAAGUAUCUUGUACUGGCAAACAUGUUGACCGGGAGCGAAGUGAAUCCCUUCGACAGUCAAGAAACAAAGCCAUACAAGAAUGACCCACAGAUCAAGGCAAUGACUGACCUCGUUGAUGCUUAUCAGCGUCGCGAGGUACACUCCGCUGAGAAGAUUCUGCGAGACAACCGCUCUACCAUUAUGGACGACCCGUUCAUUCGGUCAUACAUUGGCGAGCUACUUCGCAGUCUUCGUACGCAGUACCUCAUCGACCUUAUCAAGCCAUACACGCGCCUUGAGCUUUCGUUCCUAGCGAAGCAACUGAACGUGGAGAAGGACGAGGUAGAAGAGCUUCUCAUAGGGCUGAUCUUGGAAGGCAAGGUAGAAGGGCGCAUUGACCAAGUCGCCAUGAGGCUCGAGCUCGACCGCAAGCAAAGUUUGGAGAAGAAGCGGUACACAGCACUGGAGAAGUGGACAGGGGCACUGGAGUCCGUGCACGCUGCAGUCAUUGGGAAGACCCAAGGACCUAGUCGAGGUGCAGAUCCCUCAUUCGGCAUGCCUUCCGAUCCUUACGGCGGUAGUUUUAGAGACAUAGAAAAUAGGUGGGGUGAUCGAUUUGGAGGUAUAUGA